AUGCCUGAGAGCAAGAUUCCUCAACCGGGUCCUGCCAAACUUAAGCGCAAUGCGGGUCCCGACGAGUGGCUGGAGGCAGCGAAGGAUUGCAAGUAUCUAUCGGAGCCACAUAUGAAGCAGCUGUGUGAGAUCGUCAAGGAAUACAUGAUGGAGGAAUCAAAUAUCCAACCAGUAUCGACACCUGUCACAGUUUGUGGUGACAUUCACGGCCAAUUCUACGAUCUCUUGGAACUCUUUCGAGUUUCUGGGGGUAUGCCUGAUGGCACAGAGCUGGACCCCCCGAAGACAUCUCCCUCCCUUCGUGGCCCCAACGUGAACCCCAAUGACGAAGAGGAAGAUGCGAGUGCACGAAGCCGCUCCGCCAGCGGUACACCCGAAGAUCUCCAGCUUAACCGUAACUUUGUAUUUCUGGGUGACUACGUGGACCGUGGAUACUUCAGUCUGGAGACCUUAACGCUUUUACUCUGCCUCAAAGCAAAAUACCCCGAUCGAGUCACAUUGGUUCGUGGUAAUCACGAGUCGCGCCAAAUUACUCAGGUAUACGGUUUCUACGAAGAAUGCUUCCAAAAAUAUGGCAGUGCUUCAGUAUGGAAGGCAUGCUGCCAGGUUUUCGAUUUCAUGACAUUGGGGGCCAUCAUUGAUAGCAAGGUGCUGUGUGUUCACGGCGGUUUGAGCCCUGAGAUUCGCACGUUGGACCAAGUUCGCGUGGUAGCCCGCGCACAGGAGAUUCCCCAUGAGGGUGCCUUUUGUGAUCUCGUGUGGUCUGACCCAGACGAUGUGGAGACGUGGGCUGUCAGUCCUCGAGGAGCAGGAUGGUUAUUCGGAGACAGAGUGGCUGAUGAGUUCUGCCAUGUUAAUGAUCUCUCGUUGAUCGCACGUGCUCAUCAACUGGUCAACGAGGGCUACAAAUACCACUUUAACAACCAAAAUGUCGUCACCGUGUGGAGUGCACCGAACUACUGCUACCGAUGCGGAAACCUGGCCUCGGUCUGUGAAAUCGGAGAUGAUCUCAAACCCACCUUCAAGCUGUUUAGUGCAGUCAGCGAUGACCAGCGGCAUGUUCCAACUUCGCGGCCAGGGCGCAGCGAGUACUUUUUGUAA